ACAAUUUGAUAUGACGUCAUAUAGGAUUUACUGUGAUUGAAAGCUGUUAUAUUUACAUGAAAUUUUUACUGCAAAGAUGACUGUUAAUUCUAUAUUUUGCCUUAUCUGUAUGACCCUACCUUUUUUCAUUGUUACUGUUUUAUCUAAAAAAACUCCAAUUAGAGUUGUUGAAGAACCAACUUCUUUUGGGAACUCAUUCCAAAGUAAUUUCCACAAUCCUAAUGAACUUCAUAAAAGAGUAGAUGCAGCUAAUUUCAUUGGUCCUGAGCACUUAAAACAUAUAUAUGGAAGAUGUUUUACAUUAAUUGAUAAUGCUUAUAAAUACUCAUUUUGUCCUUUUGACAAUGUCACUCAACAUGAGCAAAAUUUUAGAUGGAAUCCAUAUAAUGGCAUACUAGGAGUUUGGUCAUAUUGGGAAACGAAAGAUGGUUACUUCCAAUCAAUGAUUUUUAAAAAUGGUGACGAUUGUAAUAAUCUAGAAAAGGGGGCUAUAACAAGAUCUGUUAAAGUUCAUCUCUUGUGCGGUACUGACAAUAACGUAACAAAAGUUUGGGAACCGACAACUUGUAAUUAUGAACUUAAUUUUUCUACACCAUUAGUUUGUCACAAAGAUUCAUUGCUUAUCUAUCCAAUGUUGAAUCAAUCAUUAAGAAAAGAAAUUGAUGAAAUAGAAAAUGACCUCGAGAGUGAAAUCCUGUCAAAAGAAGGCUACAAGGCACGUGUAAAAAAGGUUUACAUUGAGGCUGGUAUCAUCAAAGAACAAGGUAAUUUUAUAAAAGAGGUAACGACAAAAUCAAACACUCUAAACGAAUCCUUAGACAAAGAAAGGCAUUGUGGAAAGGAAGAGAUUGAAGAAUUACGCAAACUAAGACGAAAGGUCAAAAACUACGAACAAAUUCUUAGAGAGAAUAAUAUAACCUUUAAUAACACAUAA